CAAGACUGAAUUUUUUUUCUAACUUUUAAAAAACAAAAUGGAAUUGAAUUCUUCCAAUCCAUCUCUUCAUCAUGUAAUUCUAUUUCCGUUUAUGUCAAAGGGUCAUACGGUGCCACUUCUGCAUCUUGCUCGCCUUCUCCUCCGCCGUACGAACGUCGCUAUCACCAUCUUCACUACUCCAGGCAACCAUUCCUUCAUUGCUCAGUUUCUCAGUGACACCAACGUCUCUAUAAUCGAUCUCCUUUACCCGGAAAACAUCUCGGAAAUCCCAGCCGGGGUGGAGAGCACCGAUCAACUUCCCUACAUAUCAUUGUAUGUUCAGUUCGCCGAAGCAACGAAGCUCAUGCAACCAGCUUUUGAACGGGAGCUUCAGUGUCUGCCACCUGUCAGCUUCAUGGUGUCUGACGGCUUUCUGUGGUGGACCUUGGAAUCCGCUUCGAAAUUCGGUUUCCCGAGGUUUGUGUUUUACGGCAUGGGAGCUUAUGCAAUGAGCGUCUCGAAAGUUGCAAUGGAAAAUCGUGUUCUGAUUGGAGUUGAGAAAGAUGACGAGAGAGUGGAGCUGCCUCAUUUUCCCUGGAUUAAGCUUCGUAAAAAUGAAUUUGGACCGCUUUUUUCCGAUCCUAAAGGUCCCGAAUUUGAGUUCAUUAUAAAACAUUUAACAGCAGCAUCAAAUAGCUAUGGCAUGAUUAUCAAUAGCUUUCAAGAGCUUGAAUCUGUGUUCGUUGAUUACUGUAUCCGCGAGGCAAAACCAAAGGCCUGGUGUAUCGGACCCCUUUGCCUGGCUAAGCCACUGGCCAUAAACGAUACGAAAACACGCUCCAAACCCAUCUGGAUUCAAUGGCUAGACCAAAAGCUUGGUCAGGGAAGCCCGGUUCUAUAUGUUUCAUUUGGGACGCAAGCAGAGAUUUCAAUGGAGCAAAUUAAGGAAGUAGCAAUCGGGUUGGAAGAAUCAAAGGUGAACUUCUUGUGGGUGAUAAGGAAAGAAGAAUGGGAAGUGGGGGAAGGGUUUGAAGAGAGGGUUAAAGAGAGAGGAAUUGUGGUAAGAGAGUGGGUCGAUCAGAGGGAAAUAUUGUUGCACCAAAGUGUGAAAGGUUUUUUAAGCCACUGUGGAUGGAACUCAGUGUUGGAGAGCAUAUGUGCCGGCGUUCCGAUUCUUGCUUGGCCGAUGAUGGCAGAGCAGCCAUUGAAUGCAAAAAUGGUUGAGGAGGAAAUUAAAGUGGGGUUAAGAGUAGACAGCUGUUAUGGAGAUUUUGUGAAGUGGGAAGAGUUGCAGAAGAAGGUGAGGGAGUUGAUGGAAGGAGAGAAUUAUAAAGAGUUGAGGAAGAAUGUGAUAGAGUUGUCAGAGGUUGCAAAGAAAGCCAUGGAGGAGGAGAAAGGUUUGUCUUGGCGCACCUUAGAUACACUCAUAGCUGAAGCAUGCAAUUUUCACUGAAAGUGAAAGGUCAUUUGAACUGGACACAGUCAUUGACAUUAAUGGCGAUCUUUAUGCAUAAACCAGAAAUAAGUUGGAGUAUAUGAC